AUGCUCUCUACCCUUAACCGCCUCUCCAACUCCCUCCCUUCCGCCGCGCGACUCCCAACCCCAAGAACCUCCGCUCUUCUCCUCUUCAGCAUCCUCCCGCUCGCCGCCCCAGCAGCGUGUUUGCUCUACCUCCGCCUCACCACAGUCCGAUACAUAACUUCUUCAACAGGCCGCUACCGCCGCCCUCCAACAGCGGACAAAUCCAAAUCCAGCGCCCCAUCAUCUUCAACCUCGUCGACUCCACCCCACCUACCCCUACCCCCACUUACCCUCCCGGCUCACCUCACCACCUCUCCGGCUCACACAAUCAUUUACGAGCGUGUAACCAGUCUCCCCAUCCCCCUCUCAUCCCUCAACAGCGCCGCCUCAACCCCAGCCACCACCACGACCACCACCACCCCGGCCCUCCUGACAACCUACCUCCGCACAACAAUGAAAGUUUUCAGUCGCACGCCGCAGGCAUACGUGAUUCGUUCGGCUCUGAAGGGGAACCCCGCCCACGCUACGUUCGAUGACGCCUGCAUUGAUGCGUUGGAGUUCGUGCCUGGUGAUAGGGUUAAUGGGGCGUACGUGGUUACGUAUCGUGGGGAGGGCCCGUCGCAGGAUGGGAGUGGGAGCAGGGGCGGGAAGAACUCGGCAGGUUGGUGCGAGAGAGUGGAGAUGAGACUGGAGACACCGGCGGGGUAUACGGGCCCCGGACAGGAUGUGGAGGGGGUUAUCGUUGUGGGUGUUGAGGGGGUAGGGGAAGGAGAACAGGAGGGUAUUUUGCUUGUUAAUGAGACGUGGAUGUGGAGAGGACAGGCGGAGAAACCGGUUAUGUUGGAGAGAGUGAUUGGGAGGUGGCUGCAUGGGCUUUUUGCUGGGUGGCUGGUUGUUAAAGGGACGCGGGCCAUUACGGUGUGA